CCGCCGCCCGCCCUGGCACCGGCACCGCAGCAUCCCGGACGUGCCUCUGCCGCUCCCGGCCCCGGGGCUGCUUCGCCGGGGGCUCGCCCUGUCCAGGGCCCCGCCGGGACCCCAUCGGCGCGGCCUCUGCGAGAGACACCGCUCGCCGACAGCCAUGGACGGGGACAGGGUGGACAUAGACGGCGGGAUCAUGGAGGGGGGCGGGCAGAUCCUGCGGGUGUCCACGGCGCUGAGCUGCCUGCUGGGGCUGCCGCUGCGGGUGCGCCGGAUCCGCGCCGGGCGGAACCAGCCCGGCCUCAGGCCUCAGCAUCUGUCUGGAUUGGAGAUUGUUCGGGAUCUGUGUGAUGGGAAGCUGAAUGGUGGAGAAAUUGGCUCAACAGAAAUAACCUUCACUCCUGGGAAGAUCAAAGGUGGAACCCACAUAGCAGAUACAAAAACAGCAGGGAGCGUGUGUCUACUGAUGCAGGUAGCAAUGCCCUGUGUGCUGUUUGCUGCUUCCCCAUCAGAGCUUCAUUUAAAAGGUGGGACUAAUGCUGAGAUGGCUCCUCAGAUAGACUACACAGUCAUGGUUUUUAAGCCAAUAAUUGAAAAGUUCAACUUCACAUUUAACUGUGACAUAAAAAAGAGGGGCUACUAUCCUCAGGGAGGUGGUGAAGUUGUGGUCCGGAUGUCUCCAGUCAAAGAGUUGAGCCCGAUAAACUUAACAGAACGUGGCACAGUGACAAAGAUAUAUGGAAGAGCAUUUGUUGCUGGAGCACUGCCUAUCAAACUGGCAAAAGACAUGUCAUCAGCAGCAGUGAGAUGCAUCAGAAAAGAAAUCAGAGAUCUUUACAUUAACAUUCAGCCUGUUCGAGAACCCGAUGAUCAAGCUGUUGGGACUGGAAGUGGAAUAAUCAUUGUUGCAGAGACUUCAACAGGUUGUUUGUUAGCUGGGUCAUCACUUGGCAAGAGAGGAAAGAAUUCUGACAAAGUUGGCAUUGAAGCAGCUGAGAUGCUGCUUAAGAAUCUUAAACACGGUGGAACUGUGGAUGAUUCUCUGCAAGACCAGCUGAUCAUUUUUAUGGCUCUAGCAAAGGGAGUAUCUAGAGUGAAAAGUGGACCAAUUACACUUCAUACUCAAACAGCUAUACACUUUGCAGAGCAGCUAACAAAGGCCAAAUUUACUGUGACAAAAUCAGAAGACGAAGAUCCCAGUAAUGAUACCUACAUCAUUGAGUGCCAAGGAGUGGGGAUGAUAAACCCAAACUCAUAGGGUUAAACAAAAAAGGCAGCAAGCUGACAAAGGAAACACUCAACAUACCUCUGUGAUGUAUCUGCAUCACUACAUCUCAAUGGAUGUAUAAUCUGUGUGAACAGGAGAAACCUGCUGUCA